GAUAGAUUAAAUGUAGUUAAUAUGUCCUUCAUGUUGUAAGCCUUAACAAACCCAAGCCAUGACGUGCUCAACUGAUUGGCCAAGCUAACCCUCAAAGUUGACCCUUUGUCUCACUGCAUGUUCUCAGUCUGCACACAUUUCCUGCACAGACAAGUUGACAGGUGAAAUCACCUAAAAUCAGGUUAGUAUAAUAUAUAUGUGUAUACUUGUAUGUUAUUGCAGUUAAAUGUUGCAGUAUAUUAAACCUAUAAUAUUAAACUUACCUAAACGUGUUUAAUAUUAUCAUAUUCUCAGUUACAAUCUAUUUAAAUAAAUGUGGUAAACAAGACUUAUAAAUGUAAGCUUUGGUAAUUACUAAUAUAUCACUUUUCUGUCUCUUUAUUCUUGUAUGUAUGAGGAAGAAUGUAUGUGUUGUUUUAUGGAAUAGGCUAUGUUUUAAAUGCUUUUGUGAUCAGUUAUGUAUAAUAUACAGUCUGUACUAUACGGGAUCCGGAGAAAUAUUUUAACGUGUAUGUAAAUAGUUGUAUUAGUCAUUGUUAUAAAAGUAUAUGUUUUAUUCAGAUAUCCGGAAUUAUAAGUUGCGGCGGUAGUCAGGAAGACACCCCAGUCUCACCCACAGGGGUGUAUAUCCUAGAUAUAUAUAAAUAUGACAAAUCCAUUGGCCGAAUAAACGUCUCUCACCCGUAGCGUGUGUUUGCCUAUCGCUCAUUCACUGCCCUGCUACAAAUGGAGCCCCCAGUGAGGACUAUAGUCGCCAUGGAAGGAACGACAUAGAUCGCCAGCAACAUCCACUUUUGAUGAUUUCUUUGAAGUGACCUUUGUGUGACCUUGGACACUGUCACGUGACAUUUGUGUGUUUAUUGUGACUUUUCCAGUAUUGGAUAAUUGCUACUUCAGCUUGGACAUUCCAUUCAAUUCAUGGACAUUCUGAUCAUGUGAGUCCCCAUCAUGUAUUAAUGCAUUGUAUAAAGGUUACAUCCUUUGCUAGCUAGCAUUUAUUUUAAAUUUACUUUGUACCUGGCGCCAGUUCAAUUAAGUUGUGUAAACUGUGACUUUGUUUACGUCACAUAUUUUGUAUUUUGUUCAUGUACAAAGCUUUGUAUUACAGUAGACUUCUUUGUCAGCUACUUCUCAUUAUUCUGUUGGUACCAACAUUAUCUACGUAGCUACAGGUUCUUUAUUAUAUCAUGUGUUUAGUUUAGUUUAGUUUAGUUUAGUUUAGUUCUGUUUGGUAUUGUUAAGUUUAGCUUAGCUUAGUUUAUUUUUGUAUAGUUUUGAUUUAGUUUACCAUCAGCUUUUAGUUAGUUUACUUAUAUAACGGUAUUCAGUGUGUAUGUGUGUAUGAAAAUGGCUUGAUUUCAUUUCUACUUUCUCUUCUUGUUUAAUCAAAUAAAAGGUUAGCAAAUAAAAUUUAAUGGUAUAAACAACAUGUAAGCUAAACAUGUCUUAAUUUACUGACUGUAUGACGACAGACUUUUGCACUUUCUUUGAACAUUUCACAUUUUGAUACUAACAUCCCCUUCCACUCCCUCUGUGUUGUAUGUAGAUUUAGUAUUUAGUCACUUCCUUGGUUUGUAAAUACACUUUGUAAGUAUUGUAUUUUCAACUUGGGAUUUGUCGUAUGCCUAGCAUUAUAUUCAAGUAUAUGUACACCCUGUCGUGUGUGCACUUGUGCUGCGUUUCUUUCUUUUGAACGCCAUGAUAUAACGGGAAUACUGUUUAAACCGGCCUUAAACCUGCCUUACACUAAACUCACUCACUCUUUUUUUUGUGUGAGUAUAUUAUUACACUUUGCCGUCACACGUGCUAUUUGGGAGGGAUUGCCUUUCAGCUUAGUUUGUGUAUUAGUUGUCUGAACUAGACAUUCCACUUGUUUGUCUUUGUUUGCCCUAGUAGUUGGUACAGGUACUCUGUCAUUUACUUGAACUCGCAUUAUCCACUCCACUACACACGUGUAUAGUAGAUAUUUUCUAUUUUGCGUUCUCAAAGCUGUAUUUCUGCAGGAUUGCAACAUGUGUCACGUUGCUUAUUUCAGGCUUCGGUGCAUGUGUCCUUAGUCAUACUCAUAUAGUUACAUGCCAGUGUGACCCUCUAUAUCACUUGGUACUUCCUACACACUCACCACGCGAUUAGUGUUUCACUCAUUUGACUUCCUGGUACCCUUCGAUAUUCCCUCUUUACCUCGUUGGCACAUGGUCUGCUUUUUGAGCAGUUGUGUUUGUUUUCUCUGUCUACUUCUGCUGCAUUCCUUGACCAUGGAGUUCAAGGAUGAGGAGCUGGAAGGCAUGGCCACACUUUUUAAGAAGUUGGGUAUGCAACCGAAGGCUGACACGCCUGAGGAUUUUAAAGCCUGGAUCAAGGACAUGUAUUCUCACCAAGGCCCUCUUACCGGGGAAUAUGAAGAGACAUCUGGACAUCCUACUCAACCACAGACACAGGAUGUUAAGCCCGUAGCUGUAGCGUACCAUCAGUUCCCUAAGCUGCCAUUGUUUAGUGGAGAUUUUCAGGGCAAGGAUGUCUCAUUUGACCUUUGGACUUACGAAGUGGAUUGUCUCUUGAAGUCAACAAUCUAUACACCAGAUGUCAUGGAUCAGGCCAUCAGGCAUUCCUUGAAGGGAGAGGCAGCCAGAGUAGCAAUGAGGUUAGGAUCCAAGGCUUCAAUACAGGAUUUACUGAACAAACUCUACAGUAUUUAUGGAACUGUUCAGCGCAGAGAAGCUCUCUUGGCUCAGUUUUAUAGCGCUUCCCAGGGUGAAGUUGAAGAUGUUGCUACAUGGGGAUGCCGUUUGGAACACUUGCUUUCCAAAGUCACGGAUCACCACGCUAUUCCUUUUCAAGAACAGGAUGACAUGUUGAGGAAUAUGUUGUGGAGUGGUCUUAGGCCAUCAUUGAAGAAUGUGUCCGGCCAUAAGUUUGAUUCUGUCUCCUCUUUUGAUGGACUCAGGAUAUCCCUGAGGGAGAUCGAGUAUGACAUGAAGCAAGGAAGAGAUCCAACACCAUCACCUAGGAAUAGGACUGCUACUGCCAAGAUGGCCUCCGAUUCAGAUACAGUGACGAGGAAAGAUAUUGAUAGUCUGACUUCUGCUAUCCAACAUUUGCAAAGUCAGGUUACAGAUCUGACGACCAAGCAACAGGGGACAGCCUAUGCCUAUCAGCACCAGGCUAUCACCCCAAGUCAACAGAGGGGCAGACGCCGAGGCAAUCUGCCAUUUACCUCUCAGGAAGUGAUUGCACCACCCCAAGGAGCUACCCCAUAUGGAUCCUUCUCACCCCACGGCUUGGAUCAAGGACCAGAUGAUAGAGUCUACGCACCACAAGGUAUUGGAGCUACCGCAAACCCUUACUACAGAGGUACAAGAGUAAACCACAGAGGACAGGGACCUACACUUCCUACAUCUGGUGUUCAGAUAGGUGCACAGAGGAACCCGUAUACACCACCACCUGAGAAGGAUUAUCCUUAUUCUACUAGGUCUCAGGAAGUUACAUGCUUCAGAUGUGGUUACCCAGGACACAUUGCCAUUGGAUGUCGAGUUCGUCUGGACCAUCUUCGUCGCCCUUUAAACUGGCAAGGGUCUAUGGGCAGGGGUCACCACUAGACUUACUUCAGAACCCCAAACAGAGUACCUGAAGGAUUAGUUGGUCAAGCAAAUGAAGAUAACAUCAUGCUUGAUGGUAAGCCAGUUCGAGCUUUACUUGACACAGGAGCCACAGUGUCCAUCAUAUCUGAGUCCUUUUAUGAGGAACAGUUACAGCACAUUGAACUGGAGCCACUCGGUAAUAUUUUGGACAUUGAGUGUGCAGGUGGCGAGACUUUACCAUAUAAGGGGUUUAUUAAAGUGGAUGUAUCCAUCACUGGAGGAGGUGUUGAUGUUGAUGCUGUUCCAUGUUUAUUCCUUAUAGUACCAAGUACCAGAUACAGUGCCCGUGUACCGGUACUUCUAGGAACUAACAUCUUGAACUGCUUAUUGGACAAUUGCCGGAACCAGCAUGGAACUAGGUUUCUACAGAAGGCCCCAUUGCACACCCCGUGGUAUUUAACCUACAGGACUAUUGUGCUUGGAGAGAAGGAACUGGAACGAAACAAGUGGCGACUUGGACUUGUGAGAAGCGCUGAAGACAGGAAUGUCAUGAU